AUGAUAUUCCGCCGAUUGAAUCGCAACGCAGCGCCGCAGGCUAGCAUUGAAUCCGGGCAGUUUAACCUCCACUAUCUGAUCCAAGAUGACGUCUGCUUCCUCUGUAUAUGCGACCGUUCCUAUCCACGCAAACUUGCUUUUACGUAUCUUGCCGACAUCGCCUCGGAAUUCACCACCACCUACUCCUCCGCGCAAAUCCACUCCCCCAACCUGCGACCCUACGCCUUCGUAGAGUUCGACACCUUCAUCCAACGGACCAAGAAACUCUAUCAGGACAGCCGUGCUUCACAGAACCUGGAUCGCUUGAAUGAUGAGCUGCGCGACGUAACGAAAGUCAUGACGAAGAACAUCGAAGAUCUUCUCUAUCGUGGUGACAGUUUGGAACGAAUGGGAGAACUAUCGGGUCGUCUGCGAGAGGAUAGUAAGAAAUAUAGGAAAGCCGCGGUGCGCAUUAACUGGGAAUUGCUUGUUAAGCAGUAUGGUCCGGUCGCGGGUGCCGGAUUGUUCUUUCUGUUCCUUAUCUGGUGGCGCUUCUUCUAG